UCCCUCUUUACUCCGUCGUUUUUCUUCUGAAGAAAAAAACUCAGUUUCAGUUUCUAUUGAGACCCAAUUCUUUCUCUUCUCGAUUCUUAUUUUGCCCCAUGGACUUGGAGUCAGUUUACGAAAUUGACCUUGUCGCCGGAUUCAUCUCCGGUAAAGGCUUCCGCCGAGUUGCUCUUCAGUUCCCUGAUGAACUAUUGAAAGAUUCAACGAGGAUAGUGUCUGCUCUACAUGAAAAACUUCGCUUAUUCAACCAGUUACAUACUGGAAGUAAUGGAGAUGCAAAGGAUGUUAGGCUGUAUGUAAUGGCGGACACUACGUAUGGAAAUUGCUGUGUUGAUGAAGUUGGAGCAUCUCAUGUCAACACGGACUGCGUUAUCCAUUAUGGUCAUACUUGCUUCAGUCCGACAUCGACUCUUCCCGCUUUUUUUGUCCUUGGGAAAGCUUCACUAAAUGUGCCACUUUGUGCUCAAAAGCUUUGCGAGUAUACAAUAAAAGCCGGCAAACCUAUUUUGGUUCUUUAUGGGCUUGAAUAUGCACAUGCAAUCACAGAAAUCAAAGCAUCAGUUGGUACUCAAUCAUGCUUCAAAGUGGAAUUUUGUUAUGCUGAUACUAUGUCUCCAGUUAUAACUCCAUCAGAAACUUUUUGCUCAAUGAAUGGGCAACCAAAACUAAGUGAUGGUCAAUGUGCAAAUAGCUGUACUACUGAGGAGAACAAUGCACCAUAUCGUAUUGGAGGGUUGACGUGGUCGUUACCUGUGGGACACAGGAUUGAGGACUAUUUACUUUUCUAUGUUGGUUCAGAUGACUCAGCCUUUGCAAAUAUAUCAAUGACAUACAAUACUUGUGAAAUAGUCAGAUAUGAUGCUACGGAAGACCUUUUGGUGAAUGACUUUUCUCAGCAGAAAAGGAUUCUUAAGCGUAGGUACUUUCUUAUUGAGAAAGCAAAAGAUGCUAGCAUCAUAGGGAUCUUGGUAGGGACACUUGGAGUAGCUGGUUACCUCCACAUGAUUCAUCAGAUGAAAGACUUGAUUACCCGAGCUGGGAAGAAAGCCUAUACUUUUGUUAUGGGGAGACCUAACCCUGCAAAACUUGCCAACUUUCCUGAGUGCGAUGUCUUCAUUUAUGUUUCUUGUGCACAAACUGCUCUAUUGGAUAGUAAAGAGUUCUUAGCUCCAGUUAUUACUCCUUUUGAAGCAAUGAUUGCUUUCGGCAGAGGAAGUGAAUGGACUGGGGCUUAUGUAACCGAGUUUCGGGAUUUGAUUACUUCUUCCCCCAUGGAAGUGAAAGACCAGUCAGAAGCACGAUUUUCUUUCAUUGAGGGUGGAUAUGUGGAAGAUUUUGAGCAGCAAGAUGUCGAAGAAGAUGUCGAAGAUGGAGUUUCUGCUUUAGUGAACAUCACAGAGAAGGCUCUGCAUGUUCGUGACAAGGCCACUCAUUCUCUAAUGAAUGGAACAGCUAAAUCUGGGGCAGAGUACUUCGCAGCUAGGUCGUUUCACGGCCUUGACAUUCAUACUGAAAAUAAUUUUCCCGAGCCAUUUUUAAUUGGUAAAAGUGGGAGAGCAUCAGGGUACAAGAAUGAGACUACAGAGUAAAAGUAAAUUUUGUGAUGAUUCCUGCCAGCUAAUGCUAACUUGUUUCGGACGAGGUGUAGUUAUUGACUAUUCCUGCCAGCUCGAGGUGAAAACUAGAUGCAUCAAAAGGAACCACUAUACAUACAUUCAAAGCUAAAUUUUUAGAGAGGCAGCAGAUCGCCAAAGGAACCCUAAAGAUUGUAUUAACUGUUACCGUUCUUAAAAAUAAUGUUUGGACUGCAUCUGCUCUCUAGUUUUAGUGUAAUCUGUUAUAUAGGAGCAGAUGUUUAUCUUUACUUUCUUGUAGUUUUUUGCUGCAUUUUCUUGAUGCUUUUGAAUGAAACUACUUUACUUCAUCAAAAAAUGAUUGUAAUAUCAGCGGCUAUUCUUGC